UGUCAGUUUACUUCAGUUCAGAGUAAAAUUGUGUGUUGUCGGUGCAAACGUUUACACGUUUGCUUUUAAUUUCGUUGUUAAUACGGAAUUUGGAACAUUUAAAGCAAUUGCAGCACAAUGUCUGAGCGAAAAGUGUUGAAUAAAUACUAUCCGCCGGAUUUCGAUCCGUCGAAGAUUCCACGCAUGAAAUUGGCCAAAAAUCGCCAAUACACCGUUCGUUUGAUGGCCCCAUUCAAUAUGCGAUGCGUUACAUGCGGCGAAUACAUUUACAAAGGCAAAAAAUUCAAUGCACGCAAAGAAGAUGUUGAACACGAAACAUAUUUGGGCAUUCGCAUUUAUCGAUUCUAUAUCAAAUGCACGCGAUGUUUGCAGGAAAUUUCAUUUAAAACCGAUCCACAGAAUACGGACUAUGAAAUUGAAGCGGGUGCAACGCGAAAUUUUAUGGCAUUGAAAUUGGCCGAAGAGCAAGCAAAGAAAGAACUUGAUGAGCUGAAAGAAGAAGAGGCUAGCAAUCCGAUGAAAUUGCUAGAGAAUCGAACACAACAAUCACGAAAUGAAAUUGAGCUGUUGGAAUCGUUGGAAGAGCUCAGAGAUUUAAAUCGACGACAACAAAGUGUUGACUAUGAAGAAAUGUUAAAGCAAUAUGUACCACAAGAGACGCCCGAAGAGAUGGAAAAACGUCUCGAACGUCAAGACGAAGAGUAUAUUAAGCAAGUAAAAUUCCACGGUUCAGGUGGGAGUGUCGUGAAACGAGUGGCCGAAGAGCAAAUCAUCGAAGUUGAAGAUUUGGCAGCCAAACAAUCCAAACCAACAAUUGACACGGAGAAAAAAUCAAGCCAAUUUUCGUUAGGGACAUUCAAAAAACCGCAAACAAGCCGAAUUGGUUUCGGCCAAAAGUCUUCAUUAGCGAAUUUAGUUAAACGAAAAUCAGUCACACCUACUUCAACAACUACCUCGGUAACUGUUACAAAGAAUACCAGCGUUUCGACUACGGAAGCGGUUGUGGACAAACCUUCACCUCCACCAGCAAAAGUGACCAGCACAACAAAUGCACUGUCACUGCUCGGUGGAUACGAUAGCAACAGCGAUAGCGACUAAAUCUUAAUUAUAAUUCUCGAUAGUUCAUAUGAAAACUUCGUUUAUAUUGUUUCAAGUUGAUGGAAAAAAUUAAAUUAAGCACAUUUUUCGAAGUA